GCGUCUUUAGCCUAAAAGUUAAAGUUUAGUGGGAAUAUUGAAAAAACGUGAAAGAACCUGAUGUAGAAAUAAAACCUUAUAGUAUGUGUAGUGUCUGGCAGUUUUGAUUGUGAUGCAGACAGUCGUUGGCAAAGAAGCAUUGAAAACUGUACACUGCUUUACACCAUUCAAAAUGUCCACCUCCAGUGACCAAAAACUGAGGAAGUUUUUACUUCAUUUUGCAAAUGACCACCUUGACUUUAGAAUUGCGGAGCUGAAAUCAAUUCUAAAUGUCUUAAAUUUAAAAAUAGAAAUUCCAAAACAUGAUGUAGAAAAUCCAUUUAUGAUACUUCACCUUCCAUCUGUUGAGAGUGUAAUGAAUAUCACGAGCCGGGCCAUACUGAUCAGGUCAGUGUACGAGCUAUGGGCCCAUGGAACAACAUAUUCUGAGUUGAAUUCAGAGCUGCGACAACUUCCUAAAACAUUUAUUGAACCGCAUGUGAAAUGUCAGAAAUCAUUCAAGUUUCAAGUGACAACAUUCAACAGGACUGUAUCUAACAAAGAUAAGAUCAAGAAAAUAGAGAGUCUAGAUGAAAAUGUUUUAGAUUUCCAAGGUAAGGUGGAUUUGAAGAAUGCUAAGCAUAUUUACCAUAUUGUAGAGUAUUAUGGACCAUUCUGCAAACAGGGAACAGAGGAACCUCUUGACAUAUACUUUACAAAAUGGGUAGCCGAUGGACAAAGGGAUAAGAUCAAUGAAUUUCACCUUCAAAAAAGACAUUUUAUAGCCAACACAAGCAUGGAUGCUGGUCUAUCUAUGAUAAUGGCUAAUAUAGGAAAUGUGAAGAAGAACAUGGUCGUGUUUGACCCAUUUGUUGGGUCAGGAAGUUUGCUAGUUGCAGCAGCAAUACACGGAGCUUAUGUGUUAGGAACUGAUAUCGACUAUCUUCUCCUACAUGCUAAAGCGCGACCAAGUCGUUGUAACGAGAAGAAGAGAGCAUCUGAUGAGAGUAUACGAUCAAACCUACGACAGUACGGUCUCGAACAUCUAUAUAUAGAUGCACUAGUUGCUGAUUCCUCCAGGUCAAAUAUGUGGCGUGACAAAACAUUGUUUGAUGCCAUUAUUACAGAUCCACCUUAUGGUAUUAGAGAAGGAGCAAAAAAGGUGGGCACACAAACAGCUGAUGUUAUAAUAGAUGAAGAGCUAAAAGCUAGCGGUAACCACUAUCCUAAAAGAUUAGACUACCAUUUAUCGGAUAUAUUCAAGGACUUGCUGAAUUUCUCCGCUAAAUAUCUCAACAAAAAUGGCCGACUUGUUUACUGGUUCCCGGUAUCAAUACAAACGUACACUGAAGAUAACAUACCAACCCACCCAUGUUUAAAGAUGGUACAUAAUUGUGAACAGAAACUAAAUACUAGACUAUCUAGAAGACUUAUCACCAUGGAGAAGGUCAAAGAUUAUUCUGAGGAGGAUAUACAUGAAGCUGAGGUUAGAGUGGACCAUUUUGAGGAAUCUACAUUCAGGGAGAUGUAUUUUAAUGACUCAAACAUUCAAAAAGAGAAAUCAUCGUCCAUUUGUGACAAAUUAACAGUGAAAACUAACUCUUUAAAUGUGAAUGAUACAUGAUUUUGUAUGAAUAUAAUUUUGUAAUCUA